AAGGAGCCCGUGCCGUUCACCCGAGACAUGAAGAGCUGCAAGGAGUGGCGGAGGGAGCGAGCUGGUGCACGAGCGACGGCUGAGAGUGCAUGAGAGCACCGAGGAGGAAAACAGGUCGAGGAGUGAACACGGAGGAGGGAGAGAGUGGAAGACGGAGCAAUAGGUGGAGCACCCAGAAGAGGAGAGUGCAUCUGUUGACUCGCAUCUUCUGAAGACUGAACCUAGACACACAGAAAUCAUGGCCAACAUCACCACCACUAUACACCCGAGUAAUCUCCCAUGGCACCCAGAGGCGGCCCCUCUCUCCCACGUCUCCUUGCAGGUCCAGGAGGUCUACCCUUUCCAUGACGGAUGGAAUGUGGCCUGCUUCGUCAUCCUUCUGCUCUUCAUCCUCACUGUCCUGUCUCUGGCUGCUUUGGCUGUGCUCUAUGAGCUACUGGACUGUGGCUGCUGCGCUAAAGGGAAGACACAUCAGCAGCUACAGGAGGAGGGGCCGGGAAGCUGCAGCAAGCUCAUGACCAGCAUUUGCAAGGAGCCAGAAUCCCACACUGAGGUGGUAUAGGGUGUGCCGGGAUGAAAAUGAGGAAGAGUAGGCAUUCGGGUUUUUAUUGCUGAAAUGGGCAAUGCCACAGCGAUAAACCUGACGCCCUGAGAAAAGAACUUCUAAAUCUGCCCAACAGUGGCUCAAAUACUCACAGUUAAGAGGACACGGAGGGAAGAGGCGGGAUAAGUUAACAGAACAAUGUGAAAAAGGAAGAGGGCGGUUUGUCACCGAUUUGGAGUGAGUCUAAUUAACUUUUCAUUUCAGUUAGGAGGGAAUCUUCACACAUCUACAUUCACUACCACUUAACAUACAGGGCAGACCCUGAAAGCCACGUUUUACACCCAAAAUACUACCAGAGGAAAGACAGAGAUCUCAAGUAGCCUAAUGAUAAUAGUACUAAUAGUACUUACAGUGG